AUGCACGGAACAGUUUCGAGCGAAAGUCCUGCCAGCUUCGCGCCAGGAUCUCGCCCGAGCAGUUCAGCUUUCCAGCCGCAGUAUCAGCACCACUUCGACCCGACACAGAAUGCGUUUACGGCACAAUUCGAUAUGACACAAGCUCAGGGUACUGGCCGCGGGGCUUCACAAGGACCCUACAACAUGAGCGCAAUGGCCAAUGCGUUGCCUCAGCCUGCUUACAGACCUGGUUCAAACCAUACUGGUCAAGUACGGUACAAUGCUGAUGGCUCAUCACCUGGUGUUACUCCACAGAUGGCUCAGUAUGCUGGACAGACCAACAUGAAUCAUCUCGCAGGUCAGUCAUAUUACGUGGCACAACAUGCGCACAUGUCACCCUACUACGCUCAGUUGCCCCCUGCGCAGCAACAAGGCAACUUGGCGCAACGACACAACAUGAACUUCUAUCCAAAUCAGGUUAUGAUGAACCAUGCGCAACAAUCAGCACCGGCUGGCUAUUACUAUCCUCCCCCGAAUCAUUAUCCAAGUCACAAUUCUACUCUCGCUAGUAACAUGAUGAUCAACCAGUAUAUACCUCAUGACCCUCACAGCCAUGCGCCGGGGGGGUUCCAAGACCAAUCCGUCGCAAGUGGUUAUGAUAGUGUGCAAGGUACCAUUAGCGGUAGAUCCGGUACAAAUGUUGUGCGCGGGCCCCCUCGAAAACCCAGACAAAGUGGGCAUGCUAUAUGGAUUGGUAACCUGCCACCUCAGACAGAUUUGAUGAGUCUGGUUCACCACGUGUGCAAUGAAGCCACUGGGCUUGAAUCGUUAUUUCUCAUUUCAAAGAGCAAUUGCGCCUUUGCGAAUUUCAAGGACGAACAAAGCUGUAUCCGCGCGCAGCAAAAGCUACAUGAUUCUAAAUUUCAGUCGGUUCGGUUAGUUAGUCGGUUACGGAAGAGCACCGUUGAAGGAGUGUCCGGACAGACAGCGCCUACAGGUCCUUCAGCAACGUCCCCUGGUGUGCAGACAAUUCCACCUGAACCCUCUACUACAAUCCAGGAAACCCCGCCGACGACGACGACGACAACAACAACAAUGACGACGACAAUAUCGGUGGUAGAACCGGCGAAGAGUCAAGAACAAGAACAAGAGACACGGCCUAUAACCUCGAUCGGUGGCGACGUUCAGCAGAGAGACAAAUUCUUCGUGCUCAAGAGCCUGACAGUGGAGGAUUUGGACUUGAGCGUCAGAAAUGGUGUUUGGGCAACUCAGUCCCACAAUGAAGAAUCACUCAAUACUGCUUUCAAGGCAGCCGACAAUGUGUACCUGGUCUUUUCGGCAAACAAAUCUGGGGAAUACUUUGGGUAUGCAAGGAUGGUGUCACCUAUCAACAAUGAUCCCGCAGCAGCCAUAGAGUUUGCUCCGAAAGUACAAGCCACAAACGAUCUAGACUUGCCAAAGGCCAUCCCAACAGAGGCCACUGAUAAUUGCCCCCGAGGCAACAUUAUUGAUGACUCAGCACGUGGAACUAUAUUUUGGGAGGUUGAGCGAGACGAUGGCGAGAUCUUGCCCACCGAAACCGAUUCGGAAGAUUCGGCAAGUGCGCGUGGUGCGAUCGAUGGUGAGUCAGGCUCCAAAGCUUGGGGAAAACCUUUUAAGCUGGAAUGGCUCUCUACGACUCGGCUACCGUUCUACAGGACGAGGGGUCUUCGAAAUCCGUGGAACUCGAACAGGGAGGUCAAAAUUGCCCGCGACGGAACGGAAUUAGAGCCUUCUGUUGGAAGGAGACUUAUUGGGCUCUUCAACCGCGUGCAAAGUCCUGCACCGCCAAUGUCUAUGGGCAUGCGGCAAGGUAUGCCUGUGGUUGCUGGAUACCCACCACCUCCAAUGAGUGCCCCUUACGGCCCUCCCCAAUAG